AUGAAAUAUGCCUGCAUCUGCACAGAGGGGCCCAGAGAGCGGGAGGAGGAGCAGGAGCGGCAGCUGCAGCAACAGCAGCAGCAGCAGCAACAGCAGCAACAGCUGCUGCAGCAACAACAUCAGCAGCAGCAAGAUCAGCAGCAGCAACAGCAGCAGCAGCAGCAACAGCAGCAACAGCUGCUGCAGCAACAACAUCAGCAGCAACAACAACAGCAGCAGCAGCUGCUGCAGCAAGAGCAUCAGCAGCAGCAACAACAGCAUCAGCAGCAGCAACAACAGCAUCAGCAGCAACAACAACAGCAUCAGCAGCAGCAACAACAGCGGCAGCAGCAACAACAGCAGCAGCAACACCAGCAUCAGCACGAUUCCCCUUUUUAUACAACAGAGGAGGACAACGAUAUAUAUACAAAGAAAAAGAAAAGCGGUGAUUUUGUUGAUUUCAACAACAAAAGAAGUAAAAACACAAAAUACGAAAACAGCCAAUCAUCAGAUAACAGCUCUACCGAAACAGAGGAGGAGCAGUUUGCUUCUGUUGCUGCAGCAGCACCCAGCAGCAACAGCAACAGCAACAGCAACAGCAACAGCAGCAGAAGCAGCAGCAAGAGGAAAUAUGCACUGAGAAGGCAGGGGGGUAUAGAGGAGGACCCGUACGAUAUGCACGAAACGAAAAAAGGAAAACAGAAAGCUAGCCCGUGUAGCCACUACCCACCGCGACAGCAGAAACACAAAAAAAAAAACAGAGACGAAGUGUUGUAUACUCCCGCUGCAUUUAAUUUUGAGAGUAGUGAUGAAGGUGAAGAAAGCUACGAAGACGGCAGCAGCGCGGUGAUAAAGUACAAAGAAAGCAGAAAACAAAAAAGCAGCAACAGCAGCAGCAACAGCAGCAGCAACAGAACACACAGAUCACCACAACCAACACGCCAAGAACAGCAGCAGAUAGUUCGUACUGUACAGCUGCUUAAUGCUCUCCUUAAACAACAAAAAAACCAAGCCGCCAGCAUCAGCAGCACCACAAACACACGCAUAGACCCAGCCGGGAUGAUGGUUUCAUACGAAAAUUUACUUACACAGGAGCUGCUGCUGCUGCUGCUGCUGGUGCUGCUGCACCUGGAGGAGUUGAUAGACAUCAGCAAGAGCUGCAAAUGCACGGCGGACUCUGAAGCUGCUGCUGCUGCUGCUGCUGCUGCUGCUGUUGCUGCUGCUGCUGCUGCAGCUGCUGUUGCUGCUGCAGCUGCUGCUGCUGCUGCAGCUGCAGGGAAAAGGAAAUGCUGGGGUGUACAUACACCUCCUCAUCAGGCCCAUGAGGUGAAGGCCGCCAUAAGUUAA